UCUAACUUAACCGAAUUAACAGAUAAAUUAUAAUAUUUUAAUCACGUAAUAAACUUAUUAGUUAUCAACGUAUUUACACAUUAAUUUAAUGCAAUAAUAUAAUGUUAUAUUUUUUAUAAUGCACCCUUGUUUGUCAAAUGAAUCGCAGACAUUAGACCCUUGGCCUAAACUAACAUCAGAUUCCAUUGAUUUUCAGUUUGAAAAUAAUUUUACUCCUAGCCAACAGUCUUUCCAACCAUUGCCUGACAGAGAAGAAUACUUACAUCGUUUGGGUGAGUGCAUAUUAUUACAUAAUAGGUGGUAAUGUUAGGUAAUCACUAGAUGGGAUUACCACAGUAAUGUAAGUAUGAGUAUGUUAUUUGAUACUGUUUUUAUUUAUUAGAACAAAAACUGAACAAGCUGAAGAACAAUUCUCAGUCUGACAGUACAAAACGCCAUCAAAUCAUUGAUCAACUAUGUGAAGCUCGCAAAACAUGUUUAGAGCAUUUAGUGAAUUCAAAUAAUAUAGUUUUUGAAAAUGAGGAGCCAGCCAUUCAACCUUUAGGAUUGUCUGCGUGGAUCAAUCCAGAACAACCUUUAACUGCAACUGAAACCCAGCGAUUAAUAGAACAAAAUACACAAGAUGAAUGAGUUUUGGAAUCGUCGCACCUGUGUUAUUUUAACUGGUGCUAGUAAAGGUAUAGGACAAGGUUUAGCUGUAGAAAUAAGCAGACUUUUAGUCCCAGAAUCUAGUAUUCUGCUUAUCGCUAGAGAUACAAAUGGUCUAGAAAAAACAAAAGAACUGGUGAAUAAAGAAAAUAGAGAUAUUUUUGUAGAGGUAUGUAAAAAAAUAAAUAUUCUUCUUUACUUAUUAAUACAAAUCUUUUAUGUUACAGUACUACAGCGUUGAUUUAUAUAACUCUAAUGCAACUAUGUUUGAAAAAAUUGUUGAGCCUAUUGACUCCUCAAAGUAUGAAUUAUUUGUAUUAAUUCAUAAUGCUGGAUCAGUCGGUAAUUUAGAUCAUUUAACGGUUGAUAUGAAUGAUCCUGAUGAAUGGAAUAAGUAAGUACAAUAUUAUAAUUGUUAUUCAAAUUGUGUAUUUGAUCCGCAUCCCAAUUUUUAUAACUUAAUUUUAAAAUAUAUUUAUUAUUGAUUUAAAAUCAAAAUAAUAAAGUUAGUACUUAUGCAUGUUAGAUUAAAGUACCUAGUUGAUAAGUAGGUAAUAAAAACCUUUGUAAUUAUUUUUCAGACCAAAUUUUAUAUAAUUUUCAAUAAUCAAUAUAUUCAAAAGAAUAGACAAUUAUUAAUGAACCUUGUCUAUUGUUUGUAUUGUUCACAUUCCAAAAUUAAUAUUUUUUUUACAAAUAUGUUAAAUAAUUAAUAUUAUUCUAAAAUAAGUGUAAUCAAUUUUGAAAGUUGAACUUUAGACAUCAUUAUAAUUGUUUUACCACAUAAACUUUUAAUAAAUCAAUUUCGGUUGUUAAACAUAUUGGUUAAAAAUUCAAAUUAACUAGUAUAUCUAAAAAUAUUAAUUUUUUCAUUCGCAUAAUUUUGUAUUGGUAUAUAUUGUGUACUUAUUUUUAAAAAGGGAAUCUAUAAAAACUUAAUUUUGUUAAUAUUUUUACCAUUUUGAAAAAUCCAAUUAUUUGUAUAUAAUUAUAAUAACUAAUCAAUUGUUUUUAAGUUUUUUUUAUUAUUUUUUUUUCAAGGUAUAUGUCGUUAAAUUUAUACUCUGUAACCUGUUUAACGAGUGUAUUUUUAUCAAAAUUCAAUUCAAUUACAGCUGAGAAAUGUAUUGUCAAUAUUACUUCAUUAUUAGGAAUUGAACCCUUUAAAUCGGUCGGUUAUUAUUGUGUUGGAAAAGCAAGUCGAGAAAUGUACUUUCGUGUACUUGCUUUAGAAAAUCCAACAUUGAAUGUUCUUAGUUAUUCUCCAGGUAAACAUUUUUAUAAUAACUUUAUUUCUGAUUAAAUUAUUAUUUUGUUUUAUUUUUAGGUCCAGUGUUAACAGAUAUGUAUACAAACAUUAGUUUGAAUUCAAAAGAUGAAGUUAUACGUGAACAGUUUACAAGUGGACUACAAAAACAAUCUAUUGUGAAAGUUGAGGAUACUUGCCAAAAGCUAGUUAACACUUUAGCCAUGAGAAGCUAUAAAAGUGGCGGUAGAGUUGAUUAUUAUGAUCAUUAAUUAAAUUAUAUUAUCUAAAACAACUAUAGAAUUAAUUAUUUUAUAUAUUAUUAUAUUAUGAUAUUUUUUAAAAUUGAGUCGAAUAGAGUAAUUGUAUUCAAAUGUAAACAAGUUAAAUGUUCGACUCCGUUUUAAACUUAUUUAUUCUAUAGUUUUAAGUACUAAUACUUUUGAGUAACUGUAUAACAAAAAGAAAUAUUUAUUUAUUUUUAUUUUGUUCGAAAAUUUUUUUUCUAAUUUUUGUUAUUUUAAGUACUAAUUAUUGUAAGCUUUAGGCCUCUGUAUGUGAAGGCUAUCUCAUAUUUGUAUAAAGAACACCGGUAAUAAUAAUAUGCAACAGAUCAUAAGAUACUGGUCUAUUCCAGUGGAUCCCAACUUGUGGUACGCAAAAAGCUUAAAAACUACUAAUAAAUGAAUUAAUAA